UCUAUUGGACAUCUUUCCCUCUCGUGGCUUCCACAUCUAUAUUCCACAUAAUUUCCCUUUUUUCAUAUCAAACCAUUUUUCAAAUCCCAAAGUGAAAGAAAGGAAAAUCAACUAGGAAGAAAAACCAAAACCCUAACUUUUGUGCUUAUCAAUGGCAGCAACAAUGGCUACCACGAUGGCAAUGUUGAAUGCCAAGUGCAUAGCCACAAACACACCCAAGAAUAUCAAGCCUGUAAUUAGCACCUCAAAAUUGCCCUCUUCACUUUUGUCCCUCCAAAACCUCCCAAAGGGUCUAACUUCCUCCCCUUCCUUGGCCGGAGCCGCCCUCGCCGGAGCAGUAUUCUCCACCCUAAGCGCCUGCGACCCCGCCAUGGCGGCGCAGCAGAUCGCGGAGAUCGCCGCUGAGAGCAGCAGCGGGGAUAACCGCGGCCUGGCGCUGCUCCUGCCGAUCAUCCCUGCCAUCGCGUGGGUGCUCUUCAACAUCCUCCAGCCGGCGCUGAACCAGAUCAGCCGCAUGAGGGAGACAAAGGGUGUCAUCGCCGGGCUCGGCAUAGGCGGCGGGCUGGCAGCCUUAGGGCUGGCGUCGGCGCCCGAGGCAUCGGCCGGGGAGAUCGCGGCGAUCGCGGAGGCGGCGGGUGGUGACAGCAGGGGGCAGCUGCUGCUGAUAGUGAUCACGCCGGCGGUGCUGUGGGUGGUCUACAACAUCCUACAACCGGCUCUCAACCAGCUCAACAGGAUGAGGUCGGAGUGAUGAGAGAAAAAGUAUAUAUGAGUUGGUUUUUGUUGCCAUGGGAGUAAAACUUAAUCUUGUAAUUCAACCUUAUGAUCAUCAUGUUAAUGGGAAAAUCUUGUUUCAUAUAUAUUAGUUUUUUUGUUUUGUUUUGUUA